AUGAAUGGCUGCACCGAGAGCAGCAUAGAAACCGGUUUUCAUUUGCUUGUCCUCCCGCCGGGCAUACUAGCCGGCGAGGCCGCUACUUCUCGAACCUUCGCGUCUAUAAAUAGAGCCGGCUUCAGGUAGAGUGCGAGGUCGUCGGUUCUUUGUGGUUUCUCGCUCCGUUCUUGAGCGACCGCUCGGCGUCUCCCUGAGAGGGAGAUCUGGGCGCGUCCCCCCGGUAGGGGUGGUGGUACAAUGGCGGCGUCGGCGGAAGUGCCUGCCCCUUACGACGCCGGCAAGGCGAAGGGCGAGGGUCCAUCUCCGGAUGACGCAGUGAUCUUCGUCGGGAUUUCCCUCCUGCUCGGGAUCGGUUCCAGGCACCUGCUGAGGGGCACCCGGGUUCCCUACACCGUCGCGCUGCUCAUCCUCGGCAUCGGUCUUGGAUCGAUCGAAUAUGGAACGAGCGGUGGAUUAGGAAAAUUAGGAGCUGGCAUUCGUCUUUGGGCAAACAUAAAUCCCAAUCUUCUGCUAUCUGUUUUCCUUCCUGCUCUUCUUUUUGAGAGUUCCUUUUCUUUGGAAGUGCACCAAAUAAAGAGAUGCAUGGUGCAAAUGCUAUUACUUGCUGGGCCCGGUGUGGUUAUAUCGACCUUUUUCCUUGGAGUUGCUGUGAAGAUUACUUUUCCCUAUGGUUGGGAUUGGAAGACUUCAUUGCUGCUGGGGGGGCUACUUAGUGCCACAGAUCCUGUUGCUGUUGUGGCUUUACUGAAAGAACUUGGAGCAAGUAAAAAGAUGAAUACAAUAAUUGAAGGAGAAUCCCUGAUGAAUGAUGGGACUGCAAUUGUUGUAUUUCAGCUGUUCUACCAAAUGGUCCUAGGUCGGAGCUUCAACGUAGGAGAUAUAAUAAAAUUUCUGUCACAAGUUGCACUUGGAGCUGCAGCUAUGGGCAUAGCUUUUGGAAUAGUAUCUGUAUUAUGGUUGGGCUUCAUUUUCAAUGACACAGUUAUAGAGAUCACAUUGACUCUAGCUGUGAGCUAUAUUGCUUUCUUCACGGCUCAAGAUGCGGCAGAUGUUUCAGGGGUCCUGACAGUGAUGACUCUGGGAAUGUUUUAUGCUGCUUUUGCUAGAACAGCUUUUAAGGGUGAUGGUCAGCGAAGUCUGCACCAUUUUUGGGAAAUGGUCGCUUACAUCGCCAAUACAUUGAUAUUCAUCUUAAGUGGAGUGGUUAUUGCUGAAGCUGUACUCAACAAUGAUAGUCACUUUGAAAGACAUGGGACUUCAUGGGGUUAUGUCAUUUUGCUCUAUGCUUAUCUUCAAGUCUCGCGGAUCGUAGUUGUUGGGUCUUUAUUUCCCCUGCUGCAGUACUUUGGGUAUGGUCUUACAUGGAAAGAGGCAAUUAUUCUUGUCUGGUCAGGAUUACGAGGGACGGUUGCUUUAGCCCUGGCACUCGCUGUUAAACGUGCCAGUGACAACUUGGAUAAAUCAAUUCUCAAACGAGAAUUAGGGACCCUGUUUUUAUUCUUUACUGGUGGGACUGUUUUCUUGACACUAAUUUUGAACGGAUCAACUGUUCAGUUCUUCCUGCAGCUGCUGGACAUGGAUAAACUCUCGACAGAGAAGAUUCGCAUAUUAAACUAUGCAAGAUAUGAAAUGUUGAACAAGGCCUUGGAGUCUUUUCGUGAUCUUGGAGAUGAUGAAGAACUUGGGCCGGCUGAUUGGCCCACCGUAAGGCGAUACAUCACAUGCUUAAGUAACUUGGAUGAAGGUCAAAUACAUCCUCAUAAUAUCAGUGAGGGUGAGUCUUACAUGCAGAUGAUGAACCUGAGAGAUGUUCGUGUCCGUUUUCUAAAUGGUGUUCAGGCUUCUUAUUGGGGAAUGCUUGAAGAAGGAAGGAUAACACAGACUACAGCAACUCUGUUGAUGCGAUCUGUUGAUGAAGCUAUGGAUUUAGUAGCAAAUGAUCCUUUAUGUGAUUGGAAGGGUUUAAAAUCUAGUGUUCAUUUCCCAUACUAUUAUAGAUUCCUUCAAGUGAGCAAAUUUCCACGGAGGCUGAUCACAUAUUUCACUGUGGAACGAUUGGAGUCUGCAUGUUAUAUAUGUGCAGCAUUUCUUCGUGCUCAUAGAAUAGCAAGGGGACAACUCCAUGAUUUUCUCGGUGAGAGUGUAAUUGCUACUACCGUUAUCAAUGAAAGCAAUGCAGAGGGAGAGGAAGCUAGAAAGUUCUUGGAAGAUGUUCGUGUUACAUUCCCUCAGGUCCUCCGUGUUGUGAAGACCAGACAAGUAACUUAUUCAAUAUUGAAACAUCUGAAUGAGUAUGUGCAAAAUCUUGAACAAGUUGGAUUACUAGAAGAAAAGGAGAUGUUUCAUCUCAAUGAUGCUGUGCAGACUAACUUAAAAAAGCUUCUAAGAAAUCCACCUAUGGUAAAAAUGCCAAAAAUCUGUGAAUUAUUAAGCUCCCAUCCUUUGCUUGGUGCACUACCUUCCGCUAUCCGUGAGCCUCUCGGCAGUUCAACAAAAGAAACAAUGACAUUACAUGGUGUAAACUUGUAUAGAGAGGGUUCCAAGCCCACAGGCAUAAGGUUCAUUUCCGUUGGAGUAGUUAAGUGGACAAGUAAGAACUUGAGAAACAAGCAUUCACUGCAUCCAACCUUUUCACAUGGAAGCACUUUGGGAUUAUAUGAAGUUCUAACUGGAAAGCCAUAUAUUUGCAACAUGGUUACGGAUUCUGUUGUCCAUUAUUUCUUCAUUAAAUCUGAAAAGAUACUGUCAUUACUUAUGUCAGACCCAGCUAUUGAAGAUUUUCUUUGGCAGGAAAGUGCUAUAGUCAUAGCUAAAAUCUUGCUUCCCCAAAUAUUUGAGAAAAUGUCGAUGCAAGAACUGAGGGGUCUUAUUGCUGAAAGAUCAAGUAUGAACAAAUAUAUAAGAGGAGAAGCAGUAGAAAUAAGACCAAAGUCUAUUGGAUUUUUAUUGGAAGGAUUUAUAAAGACUCAAAAUGAUCAAGAACAGUUGAUAACAUCUCCAGCAGUAUUGCUGUCAUCACAAACUGAUCAAAGCUUUAUUGAUUUAGAAUCUUCAGGUGUGAACAGUCUUAGCUUCUGUCACACUGCAUCCAGGUACCAGGUCGAAACAAGGGCCAGGGUGAUAUUUUUUGACAUUGGUGUAUCUGAGGCUGAUGGUGCUCUUCAAAAGAGAUCUGCCUCGUGGAUCUUACAAUCUGGUGAACCACAAAGAACCCCGAGCAUGGAGCAUAUAGGGUUGCUUAGCUGGCCUGAGCAUCUGUAUAAAGCCACAGGACAUCAUCAGAGUCCUAAUGAAUCCAUUAAGCAGUCAACAAGUUUAUCUGCCAAAGCAAUGGAACUAAGCAUAUACGGGAGCAUGGUGAAUGUCAGGUGUAGCCACUGCCGAAAUAUAAUGACCGGUUCAACAUCUAAUCAUUCACACAGCCUGUCCUACCCUAGAGUUCCAUCAAGAACAACAGAUGCCAGAUCUCUUGUGUCUGUUCAAUCGGAGGGAAGUAGUCUACAAAGCAGGCUAGCUCCAAGAAGGUCUGGCAAAUCGGGUUCUAUAGCUCCAAGAAGGAACGUAAGGCAUGCUGAAGAUAAUUCAAGCGAUGAAUCUGGAGGUGAAGAAGUCAUUGUUAGAAUUGAUUCUCCCAGUAGACUCUCUUUCAACCAGACCUCUGGAACUUAAAUUAGCUCCAAGUGGUGAUGCAAUGUGUACCCGUAGGUGUAUGUCUGUUUAUUUCCGGCCUUCCUCCUGUUGAUAAGCAAAGGUGACAAAUUUUCUCUCUUCCGGUUUGGACAACAGCAUUGCUUCCCUGCCUCAUCAUCUUGGGUACAGGUGGGAGACCAGAGUUCCAGGCAAUGUUCAUGUUGAAUAAAAGUUUACAAGGCGUGCGUCCAAAGUGGCUGGCUGUUCUGUCACACAAAACCCAUUCCUUUGGCACCAAAGGAAUGGGGACCUGAUCCUAGGUUGGCAUACCUCCGAAUCAGUUGGACUCUUGUAGUUGUAUUGUAAUUGGAGAAACAAUUACUACUGUUGUGAAGUUUGGAUUUGGUCAAUAAAAAAGGGUAAAUGUUAAUUUGUAUA